CAUAAUAUAAGAUUGAAACAGUUGAAAAAAAUGAGUCUGAUACUAUUUGUUUUGUCGCAGAGAAACCCUGAAGAGAAUGAAAAUAAUAAAAUAUCAAGAGAAGUUUUCGUGGACAAAAUAGCGAGUUAUUUUACGGAAAUGUUCUUAGACAAGAAAGAAGUUUUAGAAGUACUAAAAAUUGGCGGUCAUGACGAAAAAUCACUAAUUGAAUGGACGGAGUAUUACGAAAUAAUAAAAAUGUUGACGGCUUCGCUACGGAUGGCACGUAUACACAAGUAUUUUUGUUUAACUAACGACGACCCUGACAUUGAUUUUCUUCAAUAUAUACGAAAACAUUGGCUAGCCAGAGAUGAAUCUGCGUCUCUUAUAACUAAUCUCGACAAGCCACUAAUGAGUAACAUAAAUCCAAAUCUGAAUAACUUAUCAACAAAUGAUUGGAAGAAGAUUUUUGACCAAUACGACAGCGACAAUGUUGGUUCUAUCUCCGCAACGGAAUUACAGAAACUAUUAUACGAAAAGUUCAAAGUAUUUAUCACCAUUCGCCAAGCAGAGGAAUAUACAUAUUUAAUUAAUUUACAGGAAAACCAUAAAAUAGAAUUGGAACAUGGGAAAAAAAUGGAACCGAUAUUAAACGUAAAAUUAAACCAAGAAAUAGGACUGGAACAUGGGGAAAAUAGAACCGAUAUAAACGGAAAAUAA